UAUGUAGACAUUGUAUAGCAAGGCAUUGUAUAUUAAUACACUGCUGACGAGAAACGUGAGAAUCGACGAUUUUCACUUGAUAAACAUUGACAUAUUUUCCAAAAAUACGCGGCAACUGCGGCAAAAUUUAUUUCACGGUAUACCGCCAACAAUGGGUUAAAAAUAUACGUAGAAUGAUUCACCGAAAUGAAGAUAUUACGUCGCAAAAGGCAAGAAUAGGAUUUCUUCACAGUUGUGGAAAUUCUUCUUCUUCUUUUGCUAGGCAACGUAAACAGUUUAAGCAAGAAGGCAACGUUCCCGCGAAGGUGUGUCCACAAAAGUCGGAUAGCGCAAGAGUGACGCAUCCUAUAUCGUCAAAGAUCAAUUUUUUCAACGAUUAGAGACGUAUUCCGAUGAAAACCAUCUUGUGUAGGUUAGCAAGAGACUUGUUCGACGCGAACUCGACACGUUCAGAUAUCCGAAACAGUGGAAGAGUGAAAAUAAAAAAGGCUGUAGGUGCCGUUUGGAAGACAAAAGUUUGUUUUCCUUGAAAAUGUUACUUUGUAUGGAAAAUUGCUUGGCAUCCAAUUACACAAAACCUGGUCACUGUCCUGAUAAAGCAUCCAUGUCACCCUUUGAAGCUGUUUGUUUGAUAGCUUGCGUCGAUGACUCUCGUUGCCCAGAUUUAGCAAAAUGUUGCAGACAUGAUUGCGGUGUCACAUGCAUGCAUCCCGUCGGUUUAGACAAUGUAACUGAUUUACCCGUGAUACCCAGGAAUGUCCAAAUCAGGCAACAGAAGAACAACUUAGUUUUUUUGACUUGGUAUAAUUCUAAGGCGCAACGUAUCGAUGAAUCUACCGGGAUCAAAGGUGUGAGGUAUUUGGUGGAGGAACGACAUUUACUUGGACCAAGGUACCUGGAAUCUAGAUCAAGUCCAUGGAUUGUUCGUCACGUUUCAUCAAAGUCACACGCAACGAUUCGAGAACGAUUAAAGACAGGACACUGGUAUCAAUUUCGCGUAGCAGCCAUCAAUGCAAAUGGAUCCCGAGGAUACUCGGAGCCUUCCAAACCCUUUAAAACAAAAGACCCACGGAAUCCAAAAGAACCACAAAACUUGACACUAUCCGAUGCGCGACUGGUAGAUGGAAAACUGCGUAUUACCCUAAGGUGGAGUAAACCAGCUUCAGAUGUGCCGAUAACAUUUUACAAAGUGUUUUGGAGCCGCCUUGUUCACGGACCGACUAAUGAUUCCAUUCUCGUUUAUCAUAGAACAGUUCUGAAAGACAAAACGUGUUACGAACUGAAAAACUUGGAACUGAGGUGUCAGUACUUCCUUCAAGUGCAAGCUGUUGCACUGUACGGUGGCCGGCGAUUGCUGUCGCGAAAAGCCUCGAAAGUUUUCAAUAGCACCGAUUACAUGGCAUACGCCGAUUUGGGGAGGCGAUCUCGCAGAUGCGAGCGAUACCACGGCGAUCUUCAUCUACGGCGAAUGACUUGUCACUGCGGCGAGGUCAAGGUACGUUUGGUUUGGCCGAUGAACCACGAUGUAAAGGCGUACAACGUCUCCUGGAGAGAGGCAUCCUGCUCAGCUUCGCAGGAAAAACUCAUAUCUCGUCGGAAGAAAACCUGGUGGAAACUUGUUCAGACACCGCAUCUUGAAAUAAAACAUCUUCAAAGUGAAUGCACAUACAACGUAAACGUACGAAAUGUAUUCAACAAUAUAAAUAAUGAUGACAAUGGUGCCAGUAUAGAAUUUGUUACCGCUGGUUGUUCGAAGGAGUCAGAAGAACAAAAAGACGGCAAGCUCUUACAUAAUAAAAUGAUCCAGUGUAAGACCAAGUCGUCAAAGAGAAAACGACAUUACGCUACUUAUCUUUAGCAAAGUAGUUCCUUGCCAUAAGUAAAUAUAUAUGAUCAAAUAUAUACGAUUUUUCGAAAUUACAUAUUCAAGUAUACGAAUAAACUUAAUUAGUUCCUUAAAUGCUUAUGCUAUGUACUUUUAAUCAACCAUAAAGAGGAUUUUAAGAGGAAAAUUUUAAUUUUAUAAUCUUUAUAUUCUCCGAAAGUAGUAUAUGUCAUAAAAUGAUCGUGACAGAAUAUUAUCAUUAAUGGUGAAAUAUUAACCAGUUACCUACGUUAUUAAUAUGUCUAAAUGCUACUCUAGCUGGUUUUUUGUUAAACAUAAAAUCAUUUACAAAGAUAUACAAGAUUAUGUACACAUGUCGCUUCAUCACAUCGCUAAUUAUAUACAACGCGGUUGUAUUAUUCAUUCUCAUAUGCUCUACACAUAUUAUGACUUGCUUCACUGACGCGUAUAUUUCAUUUAUUGUUAUAUGUCACUGAAUCUUACUCGUGUACACGUUGUUUACACAUACAUGUACGUAUGUACAAUGACUCACGAAAGUAUUCAAACACUUACGAUAUAACUUUGUUACGAAUAUAUUACAUAUAGGCAUUAUAUAUAGGAAACAUUUUGAAAUUUCGUCAGCGCUAUAAUGAGACACAACAGUCGUGAUUAUAAUGGUAAAAUAUGAAACCAUAUCGAAAAUACAUAUAAAAGUUACCGUACAUUUAGGAUUAAAUCAGACGAACCACUUUAGAACCAAAUAUUGCGUUACUCGUGAACAGUCAUGAAUCAUUAUGAAAACGCAUAAUAGUACUCAUACGGACCAGUUUCCUUAUUUGUUUUUCUACCUCUUAAUUCAUCUUCCUCCUCCUUCGCUUCAUCCGAACUCUCCUUUCCCCUAUCUCGCCCCCUCUCAUUAUUGCUAUGUGCGAAGGAUGAAGUGCAAUCAACGCCCAAAGUGGGUCCCACAUGUUCUCUUACGCUCUGUAUUCAUCGAAGGUUUCUGUAGAAGUGUUUGCUUUCACGAGCUUUCACGAGUACUGUUAUUUAUCUCUCUUACAAUUAUAAUCCUUUGACAUAUCAUAACCAUAAAAAAUAUUAUCCCAUUAUUAUGCACAGUAUGAGCGAGAUGCAA